AUGACGAUAUCGGCUUAUCUCACAUCAACCUUUCCUGAUCUCCCGAUUGAAGUAAAAGAUUACGUUGAAGCGAUUUUAAGAGAAAAUGCUGAUGACUUGCUGUCGAAAGAAGAUGUUGUUGAGGCUGUUGGUGUGCACAUACAGAGUUCUGUAGAAGGGCUUAGCGAUGAGGCUGUUGACCUUGUGUGUGAAAAGCUUGCUUUACUGCUUCAUAAUGGAAAAAGUUUUGCUCAGCGAUCAAAUGAAAUUGGUCAACGGCGCCUCGAGCAUACUGUUGAUAUAAGUGCUCAACAUUUUGAUUCCGAGGAUGUUACAGGCAUAUGGAAAGUUAGUACUCGAGACACACCUUCACAAGUAGAUAAGAAGAAGCUUGAAAGGGCUGAAACACGGGCAUUAGAAAAGGCCACAAAACGUGAAGUUGGUGAUGGUCCAAAGAUACAAAAAAAGAGAUCAGCUGAUCUUGUAGCUACAGCUUCACAGUCAACAAGUCGUCGUGAUGGGAAAUCUGAUGCUUCUGGAGGUGGGAGUGUAAUGGAUGUACACCUUAAUAAUGUUGAUAUAUCAAUAGGGCCCAAGCAGUUACUGUGUGGCGCUGAUGUUGUUUUAACUUAUGGUAGACGUUAUGGUCUGGUUGGUCGAAAUGGAGCUGGAAAAUCUACUUUCCUGAAAAUGAUUUCUUCGAAACAGCUGAAGAUUCCCUCUAAUAUCAGCAUGUUAAGUGUUGAACAGGAAGUAGAAGGUGAUGAUACAGAAGUAAGGCAAUCUGUGCUACAGAGCGAUACGCAGAGGAUGGCACUGUUGCUCCGUGAAGAAAAUUUGCAGAAACUGCUUAAAGAAUCUCUUAGCGAUGAAGAUAAAGAGAAAUAUGGUAUGGAACUGGGGAAAAUUUACACAGAAAUGGAAGAAGCCCAAAUGGACAAAGCGCCCGCACGUGCUGCAUCAAUACUUUUUGGACUUGGUUUUACACCAGAAGAGCAGAAACAGCCCACGAAAGAAUUUUCGGGUGGUUGGCGGAUGAGAUUAGCUUUGGCAAAGGCUCUGUUCAUGAGGCCUGACUUACUUUUGUUGGAUGAACCAACAAAUAUGUUGGACAUGAGAGCAAUUAUUUGGUUGGAAAAUCACCUUCAGGAAUGGGCUUCUACAGUUGUGAUAGUUUCUCAUGAUCGCAAUUUUUUGAACACUGUUUGCACGGAUAUUAUACACUUGCAUUCAAAGAGGCUAGAUCAAUAUAAAGGUAAUUAUGCCGUUUUCGAGAAAACAAUGAAAGAGAAAUUAACGCAGCAAGAAAGAGAAUACGAAGCACAACAACAAUUCCGUCAACAUACUCAAGAAUUUAUCGAUAAAUUUCGAUAUAAUGCUAAACGAGCAUCGAUGGUGCAAAGUCGUAUCAAAAUGCUUGAAAAAUUACCAAAACUUAAACCUAUUGUUUUGGAAAGUGAAGUGAAGUUGAGCUUUCCCGACUGCGAAGUAUUAAAUAAUUUGGUACUACAGUUAGACGAUGUCUCUUUUAGGUAUACAUCAAUUUCACCGAUAAUAUUUAGUAAGCUGCAAAUUGGUUCGUAUGCAGAUUCACGCAUUUGCAUUGUUGGGGAAAAUGGGGCUGGUAAAACGACACUGCUAAAAUUGCUUCUUGGUGACUUACCGCCAACAAGUGGUUUCCGAAAUGCCAAUCGCCGCUUAAAAAUAGGGUACUUUUCGCAACAUCAUGUUGACCAGCUUGACAUGGAUAUAUCCGGCAUAGAAGUACUGGAGAAAAGAUUUCCCGGUAAAAAUCAAGAAGAAUACAGAGCUGCUCUUGGUCGGUUUGGACUCUCUGGUGAUUUAGCGCUGCAGUCGGUCGUAACUCUCUCUGGUGGACAGAAAUCUCGUCUCGCUUUUGCGAGCAUUGCUAUGUCGAAUCCUAAUUAUUUGAUCAUGGAUGAACCUACAAACCACCUGGAUGUAGAAACGGUUGAAGCAUUAGGUAGAGCGCUGAAUUCGUUUAAGGGAGGAGUACUGAUCGUUUCUCAUGACGAGAAACUUAUUGAUAUGGUCUGUAAAGAACUAUGGGUAGUCAAAGAUCGCUCUGUGAUAACAUUAGAAGGAGGUCUAGAAGAAUAUAAGAAACAUGUUAUGACGCAGCUCGCCCUCUAA